GCAUGAUUAGUGAAAGCGAGAGAGAAGGAAGAGAUAAGGCAAAGUGACUUAAAGUGGGUGGGGACGGCGUCUUGAUCAAACAAACAGCAAUCGUACAGUCCCUGAGAGAAGCCCGCCUGGGACUGCUGCCGAGUAUGGAGGAGUUGUAUCCCUCUUACAGCCGGAGCCCUGUCUGGGAAGAGAUGGAAUCGGAAAAGGCGGCGGCGGGGGCAAUGGCGGGCCUGGGGCCGGGGGCUCAACACCAGGCGCACGGGGUCAGCUCGGGAGCUGCGGCGGCUGGAGACGAGUCGUCCGAUAGCGAUGGAGAACACGAGGGGCCGCAGAAACUCAUCAGGAAAGUCUCCACUUCGGGACAGAUACGCAGCAAGACGAGCAUAAAAGAAGGAUUUUUACUGAAGCAAACCAGCUCAUUUCAACGAUGGAAAAGAAGAUACUUCAAAUUACGGGGACGGACUCUUUACUAUGCCAAGGAUUCGAAGUCCCUUAUAUUUGAUGAAGUGGAUCUGUCGGAUGCAAGUGUCGCUGAAUCAAGCACAAAAAACGUUAACAACAGCUUCACGGUAAUUACACCAUUCAGAAGACUAAUUCUUUGUGCUGAGAAUAGAAAGGAGAUGGAAGACUGGAUCUCUUCAUUAAAAUCAGUACAGAGUAGAGAGCACUACGAGACGGCACAGUUUAAUGUGGAACAUUUCUCAGGGAUGCAUAACUGGUAUGCCUGCUCCCAUGCUCGCCCUACAUUCUGCAACGUUUGUCGAGAAAGCCUGUCUGGUGUCACCUCUCAUGGACUCUCCUGUGAAGUUUGUAAGUUCAAGGCCCACAAGAGGUGUGCUGUGAGAGCAAUCAACAAUUGCAAGUGGACAACGCUGGCUUCAAUAGGGAAAGAUAUCAUUGAGGAUGAGGAUGGGAUUGCCAUGCCUCAUCAGUGGCUCGAAGGUAACCUGCCUGUUAGUGCCAAGUGUGCCGUGUGUGACAAGACAUGUGGCAGCGUACUCCGCCUGCAGGACUGGAGAUGCCUCUGGUGCAAAGCCAUGGUGCACACUGCCUGCAAAGAACUGUAUCCUCGAAAAUGUCCUCUGGGCCAGUGCAAAGUGUCCAUCAUUCCUCCCACUGCAUUGAAUAGCAUUGAUUCUGAUGGGUUUUGGAAAGCCAGCUGCCCGCCUUCUUGCGCCAGUCCACUUUUAGUCUUUGUCAACUCUAAGAGUGGGGACAAUCAGGGAGUCAAGUUCCUACGAAGAUUCAAGCAGUUGUUAAAUCCAGCUCAGGUGUUUGAUCUCAUGAAUGGAGGACCUCAUCUUGGAUUACGAUUGUUUCAAAAAUUUGAUACUUUCCGUAUUUUAGUUUGUGGAGGAGAUGGAAGUGUUGGAUGGGUGCUAUCUGAGAUUGAUAAGUUAAACCUGCACAAACAGUGUCAGCUCGGAGUUCUACCAUUGGGAACAGGAAAUGAUCUGGCACGGGUCCUUGGCUGGGGAGGGUCAUGUGAUGAUGACACACAGCUCCCCCAGAUCCUUGAAAAAUUGGAACGGGCCAGCACCAAAAUGUUAGACAGAUGGAGCAUUAUGACGUAUGAGAUAAAAAUACCACCAAAACAUUCCUUGGCAGUGACCCCAGAGGAGGAUGCUGAGGAAUCCCAAUUUCAGAUAUCAGCGUAUGAGGAUUCUGUUGCUGCUCACCUAACCAAGAUCCUCAACUCUGACCAGCACUCAGUCGUAAUAUCUUCUGCCAAAAUUCUGUGUGAAACUGUGAAGGACUUUGUUGCCAAAGUUGGUAAAUCGUACGAAAAGGCCAAUGAAAAUACAGAAGAGAGUGAAACACUGGCGAAUAAAUGUUCGGCGCUGAAUGAGAAGCUGGACUCUCUGCUGCUGACCCUCAGUGACGAAUCCCAAGCCACCAAAAGCCACCAUUGCACAACACCACCUAUUGUGGAGGAGGAAGGUGAAGAAGAAGAGUCCAGUGAAGAAUCCUUAUUCGUGGAGCACAUACCACCGAGGUCUUCCACCCCGAAAUUCAAGUCAAGGGAGCAACUUAUGCUUCGGGCAAACAGCCUAAAAAAGGCAGUGAGACAGAUCAUCGAACAAGCAGAGAAAGUUGUGGAUGAACAGAAUGCUCACACGCAAGAACAGACUGAAGUUGAACUGAAAAAGAACAUUGAGGAGGACUUGAAGGAGGAGGAAAAGGAAGAAGAUGAGACUAAGGAUACCGACAUACAGAGCACUUUCCGGCCUGCUCAGAGAUCCCCUCCAGAGAGACGAAUCCAUCGCACCACCACUUCCUACACUGGUCCAUUUACAACCUCGCCAUUAUCUGCUAGCAAGGAAAAUCUCCCGGUGCUGAAUACUAGAAUCAUCUGCCCAGGUUUACGAGCUGGACUUGCUGCCUCAAUUGCUGGAAGCUCAAUCAUCAGCAAAAUGUUGCUGGCAAACAUCGACCCUUUUGGAGCAACACCGUUCAUUGAUCCUGAUCCAGACUCUCUGGAAGGCUACGCUGAGAAAUGUGUUAUGAACAAUUAUUUUGGAAUUGGAUUAGAUGCCAAAAUCUCCUUGGAAUUUAACAACAAGCGUGAGGAGCACCCUGAGAAAUGCAGAAGUCGGACAAAGAAUAUGAUGUGGUAUGGCGUGCUUGGUACCAAGGAAUUGCUACAGCGAACCUAUAAGAACUUAGAACAGAAGGUGCAACUUGAGUGUGAUGGACAAUACAUUCCUCUACCCAGUCUCCAAGGCAUUGCUGUAUUAAACAUUCCAAGCUAUGCUGGUGGAACUAACUUUUGGGGCGGAACAAAAGAAGAUGAUAUCUUUGGCGCUCCUUCAUUUGAUGACAAGAUCUUGGAAGUCGUGGCUGUAUUUGGAAGUAUGCAAAUGGCAGUAUCAAGAGUCAUCAAGCUUCAGCACCACAGAAUAGCUCAGUGUCGGUCUGUGAAGAUCACCAUUCUGGGAGAUGAGGGUGUGCCAGUACAGGUAGAUGGAGAGGCGUGGAUCCAGCCACCUGGGGUCAUCAAAAUCGUGCACAAAAACAGAGCGCAGAUGCUGACAAGAGACCGAGCAUUCGAGAAUACUUUGAAAUCCUGGGAAGACAAACUGCGGUAUGACUCUUGCAGACCAGCCCUGAGACCCCAUCUGUACCCGCAGCAGUCAGUAGACCUGGCCACAGAGGAGGAGGUCACCCAACUGCAGCUCUGUGCCCAGGCAGCCGAGGAGCUAAUCACAAGAAUCUGCGAGGCAGCCAAAAUUCACAGCCUCCUGGAGCAGGAACUGGCACAUGCUGUCAAUGCAAGCUCUCAUGCGCUAAAUAAAACGCAUCCAAAGUUCCCAGAGAAUCUUACCAGGAACACAGCAAUUGAGAUUGCUAGUAACGUGAAAGCCCUACAUAAUGAAACAGAAUCAUUGCUCGUUGGAAGAGUUCCUCUGCAACUCGACUCGCCUCAGGAAGAGCAGUUGUCUACAGCGUUGAAUCUUGUGGACAUUGAACUGCAAAAACUUGCAGAAAUUCCAUGGCUUUACCAUGUGCUGCAGCCAACAGCUGAAGAGGACCAUUCAUUGGAAUUUGCCAAAAGAAACAGUCGAAGUGCUAUGUUCCGAAUUGUGCCAAAGUUUAAGAAAGAAAAAACCCAAAGGCAUAAGGCGGCCCCUCAACCAGUUCAGAAAUGGGGCACAGAUGAAGUUGCUUCUUGGCUGGAGCUGCUCAGCUUGGGAGAAUACAAAGAACGCUUCAUCCGUCAUGACAUCCGAGGUUCUGAGCUAUUGCACCUGGAAAGGCGUGAUCUGAAGGAUCUGGGGAUAAUGAAAGUGGGCCACAUGAAGCGAAUUCUCCAGGGAAUUAAGGAUCUUGGCAAAAACAUUUCCAUGCCAGAGGUGUAGCUGUUCCGGUGCUAUUUCAGAAAAUAGGGGAGCGCUGUUUGGACUUCACUUACAAGUCCCACAGUUGUAUGACUUUCUGCUGCCUUUACGCUCAGCAGGAUUUAUAACCUCACAGCUGUCACGGGGUGCAAUGUUCAAGCGUUUGCUUCGAUUAAUGUGUUCUUUUCUAACCUUAAACUGUUAUGAAUUAAUUUGAGGGUUGUGUGCCAAUGCAAUUAACCCUCCACAGCCAUUUUAGAUUGUUAACAUGACAAGUCCUAUUAUGCAUUGGUAAACUUGCGUAACCCUUCUGGAUUCAAGGAUGCUGCAAAAUGGCAACUACAGGUGCAUAAUAUUUCAGGACUUCCUUCCGCGAGGGCCGUAGAUCCAAAAAUGGCUUGUUUUUGUUUUCGCUUUACAUAUCGAUUUAAUGCAGACAAUUGCCUUUAAUUUCUUUAGAAGGCAGUAUUGAUUUGUAUCCUAUACGUUUUUUUGGAGUGGACUUGUUAUCAGUAUUUCUUGUCCUAUGAAUAUGGUCUGUGGAACAUAUCACUUGAUGGCCAAGGAGUUUAAUUUAGACUGAAGCAGGAAACACAUGCAGUGUAGCAUGCAUGUAAAUUCUCCCGCAUGGUGUGCCUGCUUGAACUCUUUCUAGGAUUGCAUGAUAUAUGCCUAAUGCUUUUUAAAAGAGAAACACUUGAACAAGUUUUAUAUUUGUUUAAUAGUCCGUAACUUAUUACUACUGAAGUGUUUGUGAAUGAAAAGUUGUUUCUGCUGCUCUGUGUUAAACUUUGCAUGAGCACAUUUCUUUGACAAGGACUGGUUCAUAGGAGUUAUGCCGCCUUAUUCAGACACUGGCAGACAACCCGCUUGCUCGUUUGCGGGUAAUUCAGUGACUGUAUGAUUAAUGAUGAACAGGAGUGUUGGUGACAGGGUAGUACUCAUCACAAUUAUCUCUGUGAUGGAUGUAUUUUUUACAUUAUGUGAGUUUGUGAAUGAGUAUGUAUGCACAUGUGUGUGUACACAAGUGUGUAAAAGUUCACUGGCAAUACAUAAUUCUGGAAUUUAAUGGGCAUGAAAAGCAAUGAUCACAUUUUUAAGCUUAGCCACACAGGCCCCUGCCCUCCCACCUCCCCCAAACACCAAGAUACCACAUUUCUGGGUGAACCACAGCUAUUUAAACUUCUGAGUUCUUUGUGAACCUCUGUUGAAUAGAAAAGAAUGGAAAUAUUUAACAAAACCACAAGGAGGCCUGAUUCAACCUGUGCGGACUUGUGCAGUUGGAAUUCCACAGCACAGGUGGUGACCACUCAGUCCAUUGUAUCUGUACUACCUCUUUGGCAGAACCAUCCAAUUGGUUCCCCUUACCUAUUUUUUUAAUUUUUUUUAAUGCAUAUUAAUUUGCCAUUUGAAAGUUGUUCUUUUAUAUCCAUCUUCUCCCGUUUCAGCUAACAUUAUUGAAUCACAGUUAGUUGAAAAGAGAAAGUUAUUUCAUCUUCCACUUUUUUGUCAAUUAUCUUAAAUCUAAAAGCAUUAGAAUAUAAUUCUAUGAAACUUACUACUGGAUCUUCAUUUUCAUCGUUGUUCUUAUUUUCAUUAUAAUUUUCAACCUUCCUGAAGAGCCAUUCAGAUAGGCACAUGGAAAUGCAGAGAAUAAAGGGGUAUGGACAUGUGCAAGCAGAUGAGAUUAGUUUAUCUUGAAAUCAUGUUCAAUGCAUACUUUGUGGGCAGAAGGGCCUGUUCCUGUACUGUACCUUUUCUUUGUUCUAUGUUUUCAAAUUCUUCCACAAAUCAAUAACACUGUACCAUUCGUCCACCUCAUUCAAAAUGUCUGUAUCAGCAGACUGCCUGCCCAAGGUCAAGUCUCCGAUGAGCCCACACAUAUGCCCGGUUAAUAUUAAAACGGCCAAAACCAUUGUUUCCAUCCGCCAACCUUGACUAUCUUCUCUAGAAGAAUGUAAUGCUUUAUAACCCCAACAUCCCAUUUGACUCUGACUUGAGUUUCUGAUUUUUCACCACAAAGACCAACAUUUUACAUCUCCAAUUUACACCUCAAUGCCAACUCCACCUCAGUUCUUUCACUGAAACCAUUUGACUUGAUUUUAUUAAAUGGCCUCCAAAAUUGUAAUUUUGUGCUAAAUUUCACUGUUUUUGCUAAAUCAACAUCUGAAAUUUAAAAUUUCCAUUCUUUUCUUUAGAUUAUUUUUUUCUAUCUUUGUAACACCCAUUGUUACCAUCAUAGCCUAGCUAUUUGAUUGAUGUCUUCUCAAUGCCCAUUCCACUCUUCCCUUUGUUCCAUCAUAAGUAACGUACCUUUUGAUGAUGGGUCUUCGACCCGAAACGUUAACAUUAUUCUUAUUCGCAUGGGUGGUUCUGACCUACUCAGUAUUUCCAGCAUUUUCUGUUUUCACUUUGGACUUUCAGCAUCUGCAGUUUUUGUUUAUAUUUAACAGUUGAGGCCCUUGCAUCUGAAAUUGUCUUCCCAAUCCUAAGCAUCAGUUUUUCUCUUACACUUCCCUGAAGCCAUUUUGUAUGUUAAUGAAAGGGCAAACAUGGUUCAGAGACACAAGCUGGACCAGAGAGAACAAGUCUUUGGUCGUUAACGUAAUCCAACUCGCAGAGUGGUCAAUUUGUUUUGCAACAAGAAUAACAAAUCCUUAUUUCAAUCUUGAUUAAUCUGCGUGAUUGCAUUGUGCGUUAACAUAUAUCGUUGACCUGCAUCACUA